CGCCCCGGCUCAGAAGUCACGACUCACACGAUGCACAAACACGCGCUCCUAGCACUCGCCCUGCUCGCCUGCGCCGCCGGCGACAAGCACAGACGGACGGGGGACCAGCCCGUCGACCCCUUCGCGGUCCUCGACAAGCACAUCUCGCACUCCAUCGCCUACCAGUACCUCUGGCCGUGGAGCACGCUCAUCCGCGCCGCUGCCGCCCUCGAUCUCGAGGACAGCCUCGAGGAUCCGCAGAUCAUCUCGGACUCGGAGAAGUACCAAAUCAACCUGAAAGUGCGACGUUUCAAGCCCGAGGAGCUGAGGGUGAAGGUCAAGAACAAGUAUGUGAUCGUCGAGGGCAAGCAGACGUCGACGGACGAGAUCCAGAAGCUGAUGGCGAACCACUUCGUGCAGCGGUUCGUGCUGCCGGCCGGCACGCGCCAGGAGGAGGUCACCGCUGUGCUCAGCGAGAAGGGGAUCCUGUCCAUCUACGCGCCGAAACAUGAGCUCCCACCGCCGCCACCCGAGAGAGAUGUGCCGAUCCAGGUGAUCCUCCCGGAGGAGAAAACGGAGAAACCGACGGAAGCGACGAAAAUUGAGGAGACGAAAGUCGAGGAAGUGAAAGUCGAGGAGACGACGAAGGCGAGGGAGCCCGAGGCGACCUCCUCGCCCGUCGAGGAGGCGACGACGCACGCGGGCAAGAUCAGGAAGAAGGAGCUGAAGACGGCGACCAAGACGACGAAGGACAACGAGGUGACGAAGGGCGGCGAUGGCAACGGCCUCGACUACGCCCUGAUCGAAUCCGACGAGUGAAGACGAGUGACAAGACUGAUAGCUUUAAUGUGAUGUGAGCUGUGUUGUUAGUUAAUUUUAUAUUAAAUGUUAUUUAUUA